UGGUCUCGCGUUCAGAAACUCCCUAUUACGCAAGCGUUUUGGAGGCUCAAACGCUGCCCUACUCUAUCACAGGCGUUUGUUCGCAGCGCAUGCGUAUAGCCUUACCUCGCCAAAAAAGACUGUAAGGUCCAGAAAAAUCUGCGACUUGUCGAACAAAUCUCCGUGUCUGAAAAUAGUACGGGUGUUGUUUGAACCGCUGGGGCGUGGUUAUUCGUGAUCCUCGGGUCUGUCAGUUGAAUCUUGCUCCGCAGGAUCGUGAGACGACCAGACUUUAGUACAGCUAUGAAUUUGGAGCGGGUCUCCAAUGAGGAGAAGUUGAACCUGUGCCGGAAGUACUAUCUGGGUGGUUUUGCUUUCCUGCCUUUUCUGUGGUUGGUCAACAUCUUUUGGUUCUUCCGAGAGGCCUUUCUUGUCCCAGCCUACACAGAGCAGAGCCAAAUCAAAGGCUAUGUCUGGCGCUCAGCUGUGGGCUUCCUCUUCUGGGUAAUUGUGCUCACCACCUGGAUUACCAUCUUCCAGAUCUACCGGCCUCGCUGGGGUGCCCUUGGAGACUACCUGUCUUUUACCAUUCCCUUGGGGACCCCCUGACAACGUCAGCACAGGAUGGUGACUUGCUGUUUCUCCCAGCUCUGCUCUGAGCUUACUCUCAAGCCUCAAAGACUUGUGAGACUUGUGCCAGGCUCCUAUUGUUUGAUGACAUUCCCCAAUAAAGGACCUUGACAUUUGA